AUGGUAUACGAAGUGGUUGGGACAGUAACAGGACACGGACGGGCCACGGACGGGCCACGGACGGGACACGGACGGGCCGCGGACGGGACGCGGACGGGCCACGGACGGGACGCGGACGGGCCACGGACGGGACACGAACGGGCCACGGACGGGCCACGGACGGGCCACGGACGGGCCACGGACGGGCCACGGACGGGCCACGGACGGGACACGGACGGGCCACGGACGGGCCACGGACGGGCCGCGGACGGACGGGCCACGGACGGACGGGCCACGGACGGGCCACGGACGGGACGCGGACGGGACGCGGACGGGACACGGACGGGAUACGGACGGGAUACGGACGGUACACGGACGGGAUACGGACGGGACACGGACGGGAUACGGACGGGAUACGGACGGGAUACGGACGGGAUACGGACGGGAUACGGACGGGACACGGACGGGAUACGGACGGGACAUGGACGGGAUAUGGACGAUAGACGGACGGGGCACGGGAAAUGGACGCAAUCCUAUGUCACGCCGGCGGGACACGACGGGGACAAGGAUGGACGAGGCACGGACGGACGGGACACGUACGGAGGGGGCACGGACGGACGGGGCAUGGACGGAGGGGGAGCGAAAGGACGGAGCACGGGCGGACGGGACACGGGAAAUGGACGCAAUCCUAUGUCACGCCGGCGGGACGCGACGGGGACAAGGAUGGACGAGGCACGGACGGACGGGACACGGACGGAGGGGGCACGGACGUACGGGACACGGACGGAGGGGGCACGGACGGACGGGGCAUGGAUAGAAGGGGAGCGGACGGACGGAGCACGGACGGACGGGGCACGGGAAAUGGACGCAAUCCUAUGUCACGCCGGCGGGACACGACGGGGACAAGGAUGGACGAGAACCGUCUAUGGUGGUCAAUGUGGUCAAUAA